GAAUAGCAAGGCAGAGUGAGAAAAGACGUACAGUAGCAGACAGACUGACUGACUCCUUUGGCUGCUGAAUUAAGUGGAAGUGCAUUUUCCCUGGUAAUUGCUUUAGAACUGAGUAUUUCAUCUAACAUGAAGGUGCUGGGGAUUUUUCUGUUGCUGGAAGUUUCAGGCUUCUUUCCCAUUUUUUCCAGUCGUCCCCCUCCAAUUCAUUGCCGCUGGAAUUCUUUUGGCCCUUGGUCCGAGUGCGACGGCUGUACUCAAAACCAGAUUCGGAGACGGACAGUAGCAGUUUAUGGCCAGUAUGGGGGAAACCCCUGCUCUGGGGAUGCUUUUGAAACAAGACCAUGCACCCCCACAAGGGGAUGCCCAACAGAGGAUGGCUGUGGUGAUCGGUUCAGGUGUUUCUCAGGUCAGUGCAUUAGCAGAUCUCUUGUGUGCAAUGGAGAUCAGGAUUGUGAGGAAGAUGGUUCAGAUGAAGACAGAUGUGAAGAGAAGACGACUGCAUGUGAUAUUGACAAAACACCUCCGAAUUCAGAACUUACAGGAACAGGCUUUGAUGCCAUUACUGGUGAGACUCGAGGAAGAGUCAUUCACACAAAAAGCUUUGGAGGACAAUGCAGAAAGGUCUUCAGUGGUGAUGGGAGACAAUACUACAGGCUGAGUGAAAGCGUUGUUGCUUAUACAUUCCAG